AUGGAGACCGUUGAUAAACUCCGAAGCGAAAUUGCAAAGCGAGAAGUCGAGCUUGUAGAUCUACGCUCCCAACUCGCAGCCGCAGAAUCCGCAGCUCGCGAAACUGAAACCAAGGAGUCAUGGAAAUGGCCUCUCGACAACCACGAGUAUGAGCGCUACAGCAGACAAAUGAUUGUCCCUAAUUUCGGGCUUGAAGGGCAAUUACGUUUGAGAAAGGCCAGGGUAUUGCUUGUUGGCGCUGGAGGUUUGGGAUGUCCUGCUGCGGCAUACCUAGCUGGCUCAGGUGUCGGGACGAUUGGCCUUGUUGAUGGUGAUGAAGUCGAGGUUUCGAAUUUGCAUCGUCAGGUUGCGCAUUCCACAGGCCGUGUGGGCAUGAGCAAGGUUCAGAGCGCAAUUACGUAUCUUAAAGAGCUUAACCCGACGAUAACUUAUAAUGCGUACAACACUCAUCUUACGCCUCAGAAUGCCCAGGAUAUCGUGUCGGAAUAUGAUCUGGUACUGGACUGUACGGAUCACCCCACGUCUCGCUAUCUCAUUUCGGAUAUUUGCGUUCUUCUAUCAAAGCCUCUCGUGUCGGCUUCUGCAUUCCAAACCUCUGGUCAACUAAUCAUUCUCAACAACCCUCCUGGCAAGGGUCCUUGCUACCGAUGUGUCUUUCCUACCCCGCCGCCUCCAGAUAGUGUGGUAGGAUGUGGCGAAGGCGGUAUCAUUGGGCCUAUUGUCGGCACAAUGGGUGUUUUGCAGGCUCUUGAGGCAAUCAAGUUGAUUUCGAGAGGUGACCUUGAGAUUCACGGAGACGUAAAAACACCCAUGCUGUUGCUCUUCACCGGUACCGCAGACACUCCCUUCCGAUCUGUGAGGAUGAGAGGCAAAAGAAAGACCUGCUUGGCUUGUGGUGAUGAGAAUAGAUUGACACUGGAGGAGCUCAAGACGUCAAUGGACUAUGUCCAGUUUUGCGGUGUCAGACAACCGGUUCAAUUACUCAACCCCGACGAGAGAGUGACACCAAAGGAGUAUGAGACGAUUUCAAAGUCAGGGGACAAAGAGACUCUGCUGGUUGACGUCCGAGAAAAGGAGCAUUUUGAUCUCUGCAACAUCUCAGGUUCAAUCAACAUCCCCAUCAGUCGCUUCAUGAGUGCUCGCGGAGAAACCACACCCGAAGGUUGGCCUAUUGAUCUGUCGCCAUCUACGCCUAUAUACCUGAUAUGCAGAGUCGGAAACGAUUCGCAGAUUGCUGCGAAUAAACUCAAGACUCUAGGUAUAGGGAACAACGGGGAGCGGUUCAUUGGUGAUGUUUCUGGCGGAAUCAAGUCAUGGAAAGACACUGUCGAUCCUACUGUACCUUUCAUAUAA